UUCUUUGUCUGACAUAUGAUAAGUAAAGACUUGCUUUCUGCCCAACAUAGUGCCUAUUGUUCGCAAGAUGUUUUAUUCAGCUUUACUUCUUCUGUGUCUCGCAUCCUUUUCUCAGUGCGAUGACUUUGACAAAGUUGGAGGACGAAUAGUAAAUGGCGACAGGGUACAACCCAGCGAAAUACCAUAUCAAAUUGCCUUAAUUAUUACACUCAAUAAUACUAUCAAUUUGUGUGGCGGAUCUCUCAUUAAUGCCUAUUACGUUGUCACUGCUGCUCACUGCGUUGAAAAUCAAAAACUUGAAAACAUGCAUUUAGUCGCUGGCACAGUAAAUUUGGCUAAAUCAGGAUAUUAUCGUUUUAUUCAGGAGAUAAUUGUUCACGAGGAAUACGAUAGUGGCGAUUCGUGGCGUAAUGAUAUCGCAUUACUCAUACUUUUUACGCCACUUUUGUCCGUGCACCCAGGUAUUGGAUACGUAUCUCUGCCCAAACAAAAUGAAUAUAUNGAAGCAGGAGAACUUGCGAUAGUUUCUGGAUUCGGAAGAAUAGAGGAAAACGGNCCGUCUUCCCACUAUUUGCUGCAAGCUAGAAUUUCUACAGCUAAUCAGGAGUAUUGCAAAGUAGUGUACAAAGAAGUUCUGCACAAUAUUUACGACUCACAUAUCUGUGCAUAUAAUACAGGCGAAAGAACAGGAGCUUGCAACGGUGAUUCGGGCGGUCCACUGACCGUUAAUGGAAAACUUGUCGGAAUUGUAUCGUGGUCGNUAGGUUGUGCACGCACUGACUUCCCGACUGUGUUCACUCGUGUACCUUCGUAUAUUGAUUGGAUCAAAAAGNAUNUAUNUNUUANAUAUUGA